CCGAUAUGUCGUCUGAUGAAAUGGGCGGUGAACCACCCUCUCACAUGGACACACCGAGGAAGAGGAGACUGCGCAGCGCUCUCGACACCGCUGGGCCUGCAGCUCUGAAAGCCGCUGAUUUUCAAGUGUGUGUCACUGUGGUGGAGGCGCGCCAGUUAGCCGGCCUUAAUAUGGACCCAGUGGUCUGCGUACAAAUUGGGGAUGUUCGCAAAUACACCAGCGUGAAGGAGAGCACCAACUGUCCCUAUUACAACGAGUACUUCGUGUUCGAUUUCCACAUGCCGCCUGUUAUGCUGUUUGACAAGAUCAUCACCCUCUCGGUGCUACACUCGCGCAGCAUUCUGCGUGCUAACAAACUACUCGGAAACUUCAAGCUCGAUGUCGCCACCGUGUGGAACCAACCAGAUCGCCAGUUCUACCACAAGUGGGCGUUGCUGACUGAUCCUGAUGACGUAGCAGCAGGUCCGAAGGGAUACCUCAAGUGCGACAUAAGCGUUAUCGGCAAAGGUGAUACCAUCAAGAUACCACCGACGAGUGACAAGGACGAAGACGACAUUGAAGCAAACCUUUUGCUGCCUGAUGGAGUGCCAAUGGAACGUCAACGAACAAGAUUCAUUGUCAAGAUAUACAAAGCUGACGGCCUGCCUAAGAUGAACUACUCUCUGUUGGCCAACAUGAAGAGAGCUUUCACUGGCGAAAGUCAAGACUUGGUCGAUCCAUAUGUAAAGGUUUCCUUUGCUGGGAUGACUGGUUCCACCUCAGUCAAGAAGAACACCUACUCGCCGGUGUGGAACGAGCAGAUAGUAUUCACUGACAUGUUCCCACCGCUUUGCCAACGCAUUAAGAUCCAGCUAAGGGACAACGAUCCCGUACAUCCGAACAUCAUUGGCACACAUUUUAUCGAUCUUAAAACUAUUUCCAACGAUGGUGAAAAAGGCUUCCUACCAACAUUUGGACCAGCCUACGUUUACAUGUAUGGUUCCACACGGGACUACAGUAUUAUUGACCAGCAUGCCAACUUGAAUAAGGGCAUGGGAGAAGGAGUGUCCUAUAGAGCAAGAGUCUUGAUAUCCAUUCGCACUGAGAUAAUGGAUAGCAUUGAAUCUCCUGGAUCGGAUGUGGAAGUUGAACCCAUUAUACCCAUCACAGAGACUUCGUUUGAAAAGAAUGAGGAAUUUUUCCUGUUCGGAACAGUAUUUGACGCUAACAUGAUAGAUAAAACACUCGUCGAAAAGCCGUUGCAAUUCGAACUGAGCAUCGGUAAUUGCGGUAACAUUCUCGACGGUUCUAAAGAGUCGGUGAGGAGAGCCCAAGACUUGGAUGUUGAACAUCUUGACGAAUUGAGCGCCGACACCGGUUACUGGCAGAGUGUGACCCAACCAUUGAAGGCGAUCUCGUCGGAUAAGACGUACUACUACUUGCCGUACUGGGACAACAAACAAUGCAUGCAUGUGCGCAGUAUCUGGCCGGACCACCGCCGCCGCAUGUACAACUCAAACAUGAUUUCAAGCAUCAUCGAAAAAUUCGAGGAAGGGCUUACCGACGCACAACUGGCUAUAGAGUCUGACAACGGCCCGGACAAUACAUGCAUAGCGGGAUUAAAAGCCACGCUCGACUGUGUCAGCAAUGCUUGCGCAGCCUACGUUCGUCACAUGACCGGAUCCCAACCCUUUGGCAAUACUAAACUUGAUCGCGAAAGGCAAAAAAUGUGCCUCAACGAGAUUGAAACUCUCAGUACUAGUACAAGGAACCUUCGAGCUCUUAUUACAAAGAGCUCUAUUAAGGACCGUUUGCGCACCGCCUUUAGUUACUUGAAUAAACUGAAACAUAUUUGCGAAGAUGCCCAACCCGCACUCCCUGAUGUAUUCAUCUGGCUAAUCAGCAAUGGAAAGCGUUUGGCCUACUACCGGAUUCCAGCAAGAGAUAUAAUCUACUCCGAUCAUCCAGAAGAGACAGGAAAAUUCUGUGGCAAAAUGCAAUCUCUAUAUCUGAGGUGGCCUGGAAAGAAAGCGACUACUCCUAGCGGUUGGGCUAUACCUGCAAUGGUUCGUGUUUACUUAUGGCUCGGGGUUCUACAAGAUAAGAAACAUUACAUAGACAAUCUUCCCGUUGGCUAUGAAGUUAGUUCUGAGUUACGAAAUGCUGACAAACUGCGAUCUAACGCACCUAAUACAAUAUUUUAUGCAGAGAAACACAAUUUCCAAAUGCGGGCCUAUAUUUACCAAGCUCGUUCUUUGAUUGGUUCGGAUUCAUCAGGUUUGUCCGAUCCAUUUGCUAGAGUCGUCAUUGGAGAUUCAGUCUCUAAUACUCAAGUUAUAGAUGAAACUUUAAGUCCAACUUGGGAUGAGCUACUUGUUUUCAACGACAUUUUACUAUUCAGUUCCAUAGAACAUAUUAAAACUGAUCCACCGACAAUAGUCAUCGAAAUUUUUGAUCAAGAUAAGGUUGGAAAAUCCGAGUUUAUAGGACGCACAAUAGCAAGACCGUCAAUCAAGGCUUUUGAAGAUAGCUAUGAAAGACCACAGUUUCCACCAUCGUUAGAAUGGCAUGAAGUUACUCGAGGCGACGAUAGAGCUGGCGAGCUGCUGGCCACAUUUGAAAUGCUUGAAAUACCCUAUAAGCAAGAUCCAUCUAUUUUACCAGAACUUCCUUCACCUAAAGAUGCUGUUAGAAAGCCACCCCUGGAUACCAAUAAAGGUCCUAUUUUACCUGUUCCGAGAGGAAUACGACCAACACUUUCAAAGUAUCGCAUUGAAGUUCUGUUUUGGGGCCUUAGAGAUCUCAAACGUAUUCAUCUUCUCACAGUGGAUAAGCCAAGAGUUGAUAUAGAAUGUGCAGGGAAUAUUAUAUACUCUAGUGUAAUACAAAAUGCUAAACGUAACCCAAAUUUCGCAAGUCCCAUUAAGUAUGUUGAUGUAGAACUUCCUGACCAGGAUUUAUAUAGACCUCCCUUGACUAUUCGAGUUGUUGACUGCCGUAGCUUCGGCAGAGUUACUUUGGUCGGUACCCAUACCAUAAACUCAAUACAUAAGUACAUAUAUACACCAAUGAGUAAACGCGAAAGAGAAAUCGAGGAACGUAAGAAAUCUUUAAUACAAUUACAAAACGUUGAUUUGAAAGCUAACUGCAUAAUACAAGACGACGUUUUCACGAUUGAAAACGAAAGAGAAAGUUCUCCUCUCCUCACGCGCUUGGGACGUAAUGCCGUGUACUAUGGUUCGGGUAUUACACCCACACCUCGCAAGAAAAUGGGCAAGAGACGUAAAGCUAGCACUGAUUCGAUUUUAGAUGGCGAUGAAAGAAGUAAAGAUUGGUGGACAAAAUAUUUUGCUUCUGUCGAGACAAUGAUUGAAGAAGAAAAAGAAGCUAAGAGGGAGCGCGCUGAUUUCCUUCAAACUCCUCACACGUCAACAGAUGAAAGAUUCUUCCGCGAUGACAAGAAUUCGCCGCAGGUCCACGGUAGCAAACGACACGGUCCGAUGCAAUCACCACGAUCAAAAUUAAGCCCAACAUUUUCAAAGAAAAGUGAAAUUCCUGUCUCUGCUUUAACAAAGGUGUAUCCACACGAGCUUGAAGCCGUACCAGAAUAUGAAGAAUUCAAGGAGUGGUUGCAUUCAUUCGAAUUAUACCGAGGAAAGAAAACUGGCGAUGACACCGAGGAUGAAAACCGAGUCGUUGGGGCUUUCAAGGGUGCUAUUAAAGUCUACAAAUGGCCUCUACCGAAAGGAAUCGAUGAUCACACGAUUAUGGGUCUUGAUCCAAAUCAUGGAUUUUUCCAAGGCGUCCCGAGUAACGAUCCUAUCCACGUCUUAGUCAGAGUCUACAUUGUAAAGGCAACUGAUUUACACCCAAUGGACUUAAAUGGAAAAGCUGAUCCUUACAUAGUGCUGCAUUGUGGAUCGAAGAAAAUCAGCGACAAAGAAAAUUAUGUUUCUAAACAACUUAAUCCAGUUUUCGGAAAAUGUUUCGAAAUUGAAGCCACCUUCCCGCAAGACUCUAUGCUAACGGUUCAGGUUCUUGACUGGGAUCUAGUUGGGUCUGAUGAUAUGAUUGGGGAAACAAAAAUUGAUCUUGAAAAUCGAUUUUAUAGCCGCCAUAGAGCAACUUGCGGCUUACCGAUGAAAUACGAAGAGCAAGGCUAUAACAGGUGGCGAGACGCUAUGAAGCCAACACAAAUUUUAGCUAAGCUGUGCAAGGAUGGGAAACUCGACCCACCGAUUUACGAGCCGGGGCGUGUUAAAGUUGGACGCACUGUAUUCAAUAUACCAAUGGAUGACGCGGAGCUAUUUUCCGACCCGGAUACAAUUGAGGAGCAAAUGGCCCUGGUGGUCCUUCACCGUUGGCAAGAGGUACCACGUGUUGGCACCCGACUGGUAACUGAACAUGUUGAAACCAGGCCUCUCUAUAAUCCUAACAAGCCUGGAAUUGAACAAGGACGAUUAGAGAUGUGGGUUGAAAUGUUCCCAAUGGACAUGCCGCUUCCGGGACCUCCUAUGGACAUUUCGCCCCGUAAGCCAAAGUCUUAUGAAAUGAGAGUUAUAAUUUGGAACACUGAUGAUGUCGUAUUGGAAGAUGAUGCUUUCUUCACCGGUGAAAAGAUGUCCGACAUUUAUGUCAAAGGGUGGCUAAAAGGACCAGAAGACUGUCAAUCAACCGAUAUUCACUAUCGGUCUUUGACUGGUGAAGGGAACUUUAACUGGCGCUUCAUUUAUCCAUUCGAUUAUUUGGAGGCUGAAGAACGUAUUGUUAUAUCUAGAAAAGAAUCCAUGUUCUCGUGGGAUGAAACCGAAUGCAAAAUACCAGCUCGUUUUGAACUUCAAGUGUGGGACGCUGAUCAUUUCUCCGCAGAUGAUUUCUUGGGAGCUAUUACUUUAGAUCUGAAUAGAUUCCCUCGUGGUGCAAAAUCAUCCAAGUUGUGCACCCUGGAAAUGCUGCGCAAUGAUGGGACGGUUCCGAUGGUGAACAUAUUCAAACAGAAGCGUGUAAAGGGCUGGUGGCCUUUCCAUAUCAAACGAGAUACAGAGGAAAUGGAACUUACUGGAAAAGUUGAGGCAGAAAUACACCUGCUUACACGUGAAGAGGCCGAUAAAGUACCUGCUGGUCUAGGCCGCAGCGAACCUGAUCCAUUGGACAAACCAAAUCGGCCGGACGCGUCUUUCAUGUGGUUCUUGAAUCCACUGAAAUCGAUUCGCUAUAUCAUCUGGCACAACUACAGGUGGACGGUUCUCAAAGCUACAUUGGUCCUAAUGGUGGCCCUCAUGCUGCUAAUGCUUGUUUACUCUGUACCGGGGUACACUAUCAAGAGGCUUUUGGGGGCCUAAAUACAUUUACAUAGAA